UCCAAACUGCAUCAAGGGUCCUGUAAACCCCAAGCGGUCUGCAUCAACGUUUGACGCCGACAAAACUAAAAUCCAACGUCUUAUCGUUGCAGCCAAUGUCGAGCAACCAAUAGGCUCGAUUUCAAAAACGCUUCUGAAUGCCAAGGCCACCCACCCACACACACACACACACACACACACACACACACACACACACACACACAUCUAUGCAUGCGGCUUCACUCCUACCACCAGGGUCGAAAUGUGGCUUUGCUGACCGUCACACAGUCCAAACCAGGACCCUUACGAUCAUGCCAAGACGCUUUGCCAUUCUUGGGCUUUGCAGCUGGCUUGCGAACCUGCUGCUGUUGUGUUGACCGACGAAGAGUACAUUCCAGCCGACAAGGGCAAGGCUGCCCGCCGUUGAAGGAUUGCCCUCCUGCGCCAGCGCAUCCUUGACCUUCCUGUCCCUCUCUUCUGCUCUAGAUUGCUAGCCUCCUUUGGCGACAACAGUGGCUGGCGCUCACGUCGGGGCAAAAGUGCGCUUGACAUACCCAAGACCGCGAAUUUGAACGGAGCAACGAAGCUAGCUGCAACUAUCCAUCUUCAAUAUUUAUGUUAAUGGUCUGCAUCACAAGAGAGUAGUCAAAAUGUCUGCUGCAACAAUAACUGCGGCGCCUGUCGCCACGGCAGCGUCUCAGGCCGGCAUCUUUGAGGGCAUGAACCCAACAGUGUUCAAUCCUUCAGACCCGAUUGUACUCUUCAUAAUCCAAGCUACGAUCGUCAUUGGGUUGACACGGCUUCUGUACUGGCCUCUGGCCAAGAUACACGAGCCAAAGGUCAUUGCGGAAGUCAUCACGGGAAUUAUACUGGGACCUUCAGUCAUGGGCCGCAUCCCAGGCUUCACAGCUACUAUAUUCCCGCCUGCAUCCAUGGCGCCGUUCCGCUUGGCAGCCAACAUCGGCCUGGUGCUGUAUCUGUUUCUGGUCGGCCUCGAGAUUGAUCUCAGCUACCUUCUGCGCAACUGGCGCAUUGCCGUUAGCGUCGCGAGCUUCGACAUGGCAAUCCCCUUUGGCUUGGGCGUCGCUCUCGCUUAUGGUCUAUACAACGAGUUCAAAGACGAGCAGGGAAUUGCGCCCAUUUCUUUUGGUGUCUAUGCACUGUUUAUCGGCAUCGCCAUUGCUAUCACGGCAUUUCCGGUACUCUGUCGAAUCCUGACCUCGCUCAAGCUCCUCAACAGCAACGUCGGCGUCAUUGUUCUCACGUCAGGCAUCAUUAAUGAUGUCGUCGGAUGGAUCUUGCUCGCGUUGUGCGUCACUCUCGUCAAUUCUGGCGCCGGCAUCACAGCCCUAUAUAUUCUCCUGGUCGCCGUCGGGUUCAGCUUGUUCUUGGCCUAUGCAGUCCGACCGGCAUUCAUGUGGGUGCUGCACAAGACGCACAGUUUGGAAAAUGGCCCAACUCAAGGUGUGGUGGCUCUGACCAUAUUUAUGGUUCUUGCCUCUGCCUUCUUUACCAGCAUCAUCGGCGUGCACUCCAUCUUUGGUGCCUUUAUGGUCGGUCUCAUGUGCCCCCAUCAGGGUGGUUUCGCCGUCAAGCUGACAGAAAAGAUUGAAGACCUGGUUGCUGUCAUCUUUGUCCCUCUUUUCUUUGCGCUCUCUGGUAUCAACACGAACCUUGGCCUUUUGGAUAGUGGCAGGAUUUGGGCUUAUGUCUUUGCCGUCAUCUUUGUCGCCUUCUUCAGCAAACUCAUCGGCGGUACCAUAGGUGCCAGGCUGAACGGUCUCGUGUGGCGCGAGUCCUUUACCAUCGGUACGCUGAUGUCGUGCAAGGGUCUCGUCGAACUUAUUGUCCUCAACAUCGGCCGGGAGGCUCGCAUUCUCUCGACCAGAACCUUUACAAUCUUCGUCGUCAUGGCUCUUGUUACGACAUUUUUGACUUCGCCCCUCGUCAUGUGGCUAUACCCUCCUUCAUAUCAGCAAAAGCUUGAACUAUGGAAACAAGGCAAAAUUGAUUGGGAUGGAAACCCGAUACAUCCAUCCGAAGAAGAGGAGACCGGUGCCGCAGGUGCCCUCGACAAGAAGGAUAUUGCCACCCGUCUUCUGGUUUAUAUCCGAGCAGAUGGUCUCUCGAGCGUUUUGUCCACUGUUUCCCUUUUCACCAGCGCAGGUGUGCAAACCGAGUCGGACUCUCCGGCACCAUUUGUGGACCCUAAUGCCGCAGUCCACCUCAACGGCGAGAGCAUGAAAGAAGGCAUUACUCCGGCCACCGCAACUCUGAUGCGGCCUCGACCCGAGAGGCUGCCGUUGCUCCGCGUCCAUGGUUACCGGCUCGUGGAGUUGAGCGAGCGCAACUCGUCAGUCAUGCAGGUCGCUGAUAUUGAGCAGUACGCAGCACAUGACCCCAUCAUCAAGGCGUUUGGCACAUCGGCCAACACAGCCAGUAGGGACGUUGUCAUAUCUGGCAAGAUUGCCGUGGUCCCCCAGAACUCCUUCGCCGACACUCUGGCGGAUGAGGCAGGCAACUCACGGAGUGACUUGAUCCUCGUGCCGUGGAGUGAGACCGGGAGCAUUUCGGAGGUGCCGUCACUAUAUGGCGGUGUCCCCAGCACCGAUCCCCUUUGUAAUGACAGCUUUGCGCAGCUCGCGACUGGCAUCUUUGACGCGGCCAAGAAUGUCGCUGCUGUCGGUGUCUACCUCGACCGUACUCUGAUCGCCAAGUCUGACGCCGGUGUAACCGAGACAGUGGCGGAGGGCAAACGAUACCAGCUCACGAGGCAUACCACCGGCAUUAGCCUUGUCGACACCCAGCCGGACCGCUUGGCAGCCAAGUUCUUCUCGGCAGAGCACAGGAAAAAGGUCAUUCGGGUCUUCUUCGCCGGUACUGAGGAUGAUUUGUUUGCCGUGCGACUUGCCCUUCAGCUCUCACGGUCGGGUUCGACGGAAUUACAAGUCACAGUCUGCUACCAUCACCGCGAUAACGGCUUCAUUGCCGACUUUGAGAGGCUCAGGGCCAAGAUUGAGCAGGGUCCCGAGAGUGGAAGCGUCAUCUUUACGACAGUCGAGCCACAACCUGCUCAGCCAUCGGUAUCAGAGGGAGAACCGUCCACUGGCACUACACGGGGCUCGGAUGUACUUGCUGCUCUGGCCGGGGACGAGGCACAUCGGAAUAUCACCACAAUUCUUAUUGUCGGCCGCACCUCUACAUUGACAUCGUCGGAGCCCAGUGAAUACUUCGAAGUGCGGAGUGCACUAGGCAACGUCGCUACACGUGCGGCAGCCGAAAUCAGAAGGUGCGGCGCCAAGAACAUCAGUAUUCUGGUUGUUCAGGCUAGAAAGGUUGCCGUUGCGCUACCUAGCACCACUUCGGGGCCGUCGGGACAGACUUUCGAGAGGAAAGCAAGUCAUGAGAGCCAGGCUAGCGACAUUGGCGAACAUGCGGCGUAACUCCAAGGCUAUACAUCUGAAACUGUUCAUUGCAGGCGAUUCCAACUCCUCGAGCCGCUCACUGAGCUGUUGAUCAACGUUUGCAAAGCUCAAACUUCCAGCUGUUAAGAUGGCAUAUCAUAGUAUCCCUUCCCCCUUUCUACUUGAUAUUUGCGCAGCUUGGAGGCACUAUCUCCGUCUGUUCACGCUUACACAUCAUUUUACUCUUUUGGCACAUGAAACUUGAUGAUACAUCCUCAACACAGUCUGUAUAACACCUACUCUUGUAGCAGAGUGGGUGAUAUCAGCACACCUGGCACAGAGUCUCGUAGCACAGGCUGCUGAGAGUGACCUUUCCAGAAUGAUGUCUUUCCAAUCACCCGCUGGGGCAUGUGCAAUCUACUCAAGAACUACGUCUCAUAAGAGGCACAAGAAUGAUGCAGACUACUGAGACCAUCGACAUACGUCAAUCUCGUGUCCCUGAAGCUGUUUUGCAAUGCAAGUAAGAAUCACAAUGCAUCUGGUAGCAGCUCCAUGUCACAUAGUUGCCAAUCACGAUGCAGAUCGUCUCCUUUUGCCAUCUCAAAUCGAUUUCGAGGCUGCCGCACCAGAGAUUCAACAUGAUGUUGUGUCGCCAUUGGCUUGCAUGUUCGUCAUUUCCCCCUUACAUCUUCCUUUCCUUUUUUUUGCCAUCCGGGAUUUGACGCAUUUCGUAACCCGACACUGGCUGUUGUUGUCCCCCUCCUCCUCCUCACUUUAGCUCCUCCACCUCCGCAUCUGCAAAGGUAAGGGAGCUGUGGGAAUAAUACAUCAAAGAGGGGGUGGGCUGCAUAGCGUACAGUAUCAGAGCUUGGAAGCAUAGCUUAGCUUUAUGGUGGGGGAGUGUGCAGCAAAAACAGAAGACAACCCACCACAACAGCCCAUGAAAACCUCCAAGGCGAGCCUCCGAAAAGAUAAGCCGUUGAUGCGAGGUUGCUUGACGUUACACGGCAGGUUCGGAGUUAAGAAAUACCCUUGAAUUCGUUAUGGGAUUUGACAGUGAAGUGCCAGAGAGGAGAGGGGGUGAGAGCAACCCUGUGUGCUGGACGGUGUCACCCAACCCUGCAUUGGCAAACCGAGGCGGCAAACAAUGAUAACGCUCUGGCGACGAUAGUAAUGGAGGGUACGGUAAAUUGGGCGAUUCGAUUGCCUCUCUCUUUCUCCCCCCUCUGGUCCCGUAUCUGUCUUUCGCUUAUCAGACCGAGAUGCACGGCGCGAGGUUC